UAUUGUGUCUAUAUAUUUAUAUUCUUAUAUGUAUGUGCGUAAAUAAAUGACACAUCGCGGAACAUAAUGGAAUUUAAUCUGUCAUUCAAUUGAUAUUACUAAAUUAUAAAGUGUUAUAUUUACAAAUAUCAUUGUUAAGGUAUAACCACGAAAAUCCAUGACGUACGAUACACUGAAGUCCAUUAAAUCGCACUUAAUCUUCUGAUAAUAUUCGAAUAUUCGAUUUGAUAAUAAUUUUGGUAGAAUGUGUGUAAAAACUUACAAAAAAUGCUUGUAUUAUUUAAUGUCAAGUGGUACUUGCAUGGUAUUCAUAGGUGGUUGUUGGUUUUUAUAUCAACUACGACAAACAUCACAGAUUCUUCGAUCCACUGUAACAACAGAUAUUGUUAAUUUAGAACAAACACGCAAAUCAUACAUAUAUAUUGAUAAACCUCAAUACAAAGAUAUUUUCACAUUUCAUAAAAAAGAAAAUCAAUAUAUAUCGGAAAGACAAUCUGCAGUUAAUCAUGAUGUAACUAAUGUCUUAAUUAGAUUCAGUUAUAAUGUAACUAAUAUUGUAGCUAUCAUGGUUGAUAUUAUAACAGACAGAUGGAAAAUGUUAAAUCAAAAAUUAGCAUAUAGAUUGCUAAAUGUAGCUCGUUUUGGUGAUGAACAUGAAAGAAUAAGAGCUGCUACAGCUUUAUGUUCUUUAAAUGAUUUAGAAGAUUGGCAUUAUCAAAAUAUGGCACAGAUGUUAGAUGCUAGGACAGCUAUUGCUCUUGCACGUACACCAAAUGUUGAUCAACGCUUUUUCUUAAAACCACCUUAUUUUCAUAUGGAAUAUAAGUUGCAUGAUAUAAUUGAGAAAGUCCAUGACAUGUUGUUACAUUUAAAUUCAUUAUGUAAUAAAUUACAUCCAUGUCUUACUCAGUUUCUUCAUAAAAAGUUUGGAGAUUUAUUUAGAGAUGGUUUAAUGUUUGAACAUGAUUUAACAAGUAUGGGUUUAGCAAUUCCUCCAGCAAUUAUAUGGAAUGAAGAAUUACUUCAAAACUGUGUCCAAACAAUUUAUCAUCAUUCCUCUCUUGAACAAUAUAGUAAAGAUAUCGUGAAUGCUGAUGGUCUCCGAAUACUUAUGUUAAUUUACAAAAUCUUCAGUAAUGAUAUUGAAAUGUGUGUAAUACUUGCCAAUAUACUUUCUAAUAUAUCACUUCACACGGAGUAUUUAGAUGAUUUUUUUCGAUCAGGUUGGUUUAGUAUAUUAGUAACAUGGUCUAAGAACAAAGAUAUAAGAUUAUCAGUACCUGCAGGAUGUGCAUUAGCAAACUUAGAUAUAGAUAAAAAUAAGCAUAUCAAAUAUCAUAGACAUGUAUAUCUUCUUCAUCCAUUGCAUAGAACUGAUACAACAUCAAAACUAGAUGUUAUCUUUUUGCAUGGUUUACUUGGUGGAGUGUUUAUAACAUGGAGACAAAGAGAUCUAAAAGAUGAUACAUCUAAAUGCGAAGAUCCUAUUAAUAAGAAACGUGAGAAUAGUCAAACGUCUACUUUGAUCAGUGAUUAUCCCCAAGAAUUUUUCAAAGAUUUGGCUUAUGAUUUACAAACACGUGCGUGGAAAAAAUUAGGCAGAGAUUACGAAGUGAUACUCGAUGAUUGUCCCGUAAAUGUUAAUUAUCAAUCAACUGGUCCAUUUACUUGUAAAGGAGAUGACGCUUGCAUGAACGAUUUAGAGAAUGAUAAAAUUUGUAGAACACAAUGUUGGCCAAUGGAUUGGUUGCCUCGAGAUGUUCCAUAUCUUCGAAUUCUUGGUGUUAAUUAUGACACAAAUUUAUCAAUGUGGACUCCUUUAUGUCCGAUAGAAAGUUUGAAGAGUACCAUCAGUGAUAGAAGUAGCGAAUAUAUUAGUAAAUUAUUGAUAGCAGAUGUUGGAAAACGACCAAUAAUAUGGGUUUGUCAUUCUAUGGGUGGUUUAUUAGUUAAAAAAAUGCUCGUCGAAGAAUGGAAAAGUGGGGAUAAGAAUAACAUAUGCAAAAAUACACGCGGAAUAGUAUUUUAUAGUACUCCACAUCGUGGUUCGCAUAUAGCUGCAUUAACGCAAGCAACACAAAUGCUUAUAUGGCCAUCAAUAGAGGUGCAGGAAUUACGAGAAGAGUCACCGCAUCUUCUUGGAUUGCACAAAGAUUUUAUUGAGAUGUUAAACAAUUAUCCUAUAAAUAUCGUGAGUUUCAGUGAAACAAAAUCUACCCUGGUAACUGCUUUAAAAUUUCCAUUCCAAUUCGUCACUCCUAAUUCAGCAGAUCCUGGUGUAGGUGAAUUUUUUGAAAUUCCACAGGAUCAUUUAACAAUCUGUAAGCCUGCUAAUAGGCGAUCGUUUUUGUAUCAAAAGCUCUUAUGCUUACUUAGACGUCAGAUAGAAAUUCGAAAAGAAACAAAGAGCUCAAUAUUCAUGAAUCUAACGUGGCCAGAUAGAUUAUUGCCAAAAUAAAUGAUGUUCCUUAUUUUUACUCUCAUUA